CGGCAACCUUCCAGCCUGAAUAUUCAUAUAUUCGGGGAGUUUUCAAACAAGGAUAAGACGUCAAAAAACAAUCAAAACAUACGCUUUGCACUUUGGUUGGCUUUGGUUUGCCGAACGUUCACCGCCACUUCUUGGCUUUCUUGGGGAAGAUGACGCCUUCAUCGCGCCGCUUCAUCGCUCUCCCACCCGCGCUUCAACGCUUCUGCGGCUCAGACGGGGGGGCGCUCUCCCACCCGCGCGGCUUCCACACCCUGGAGCCGAGAUGAAGGGCUGAGAGCUCUUCAUCGGCGGGACCGAGCGAGAUCGGGGCGAUGCCGCAGGUUCCUGCGCUCGGCGGCGAUGCUUUUGGGACUCAGCGAUGCGAACGCGGGACCGGGCGCGGUACGACAGGUGCGGCCUUCGUGGAAGGCGUUGUGGAACGCAGCAGUAGGAUGCAGUAGGGCAAGUUGAGGCACCAGAUGUCCUUGUUUUUAAGUUUAAGCCUUUUCUUGUUUGCCUCUUUUUUGGGGGUGGUACACCAUGCUGAAGCCCAUGCUGAGAUUGCCACAUAGGCGUUCAUGGCGUUCUCGCUUGGAUUCGCUUCGUGCAUUCUUACGUUUCGUCGAGUACCUCAGACGUGCCAAGCAGAAAACCAGGAAAACUGAAGCAUCCGAACCCGCCUCAGCAUUCACCUACAGCCUGGCUUGGCGCACUGUACUUGCGGACCCCUGCAAAUAAUUGAUGUUUCAAGGGAAAGAACCUGGCUCACAAGCUGACUGGAAGUUAGUUGGUUUUGCGACCCGGGGCCAUACGUUUUAACAUGUUUUAACCACGGAUGAGCGUAACCACUUGGAUCGGCGCAUCGCACAGAUGUUCCGAGGUGCACAGUUGGGGCAGCGGCGAGAUGGGACAGUUGGGCUUUCCACUCCUCGAGGACCUCCCCAAGGACCAGGAUGGCUACCCCUAUGAGCCCACAGCAGGUCUCAUCAAGGCCUUCAAGCAGGUGAAGAUUUGCCAAAUUGCCGGCGGGGAUGGUCACACAGCGGCUGUGACGGUGCACGGGAAGCUCUACAGCUGGGGCGCCAGCGCCUGCGGCCAACUUGGUCACUGCGACACGGCUCACAUGCCCAAGGAUGUCGAAGGCUAUCCAUACCAACCUGUACCCCUCCUUGUGAGCAGCCUGCAGGACGUGUGCAUCGUUCAGAUCGCCUGUGGAGAUGCCCACACCGUGGCACUCUCGCGGGAGGGCUUGCUCUACAGCUGGGGUGGUGGUGGCUGUGGGCAAUUGGGCCACUCAGAGACCUCGAAGAUGCCCAAAGACGAGGACGGUUGUCCCUAUCAGCUGACCCCUCGGGUCGUGGAGCACUUGCGGCCGCAUGUGGUCUCCUCGGUGGCGUGUGGAAAGGCGCACACCAUUGCGGUCUCCCAGCGGGGGCGGAUGUUCACCUGGGGAGCUGGCGCGUGCGGGCAGCUUGGUCAUCCAGACACAAGCAGCUUCCCAUCCGACGAAGAUGGCUACCCCUUCCAGCCUGUUCCCAGAGAAGUGGACCAUCUCAAGGAUUUCAAGGUGAUUGCAACGGCUUGCGGGGAUGUGCACACCUUGGCUUUGACGGAUGAUGGCUAUGUCUACUCCUUUGGAGGUGGUUCCUAUGGCCAGCUCGGGGUCAAGGAUGUCCUUGCGAUGCCUGUUGAUGCUGAUAAUUGCCCUUACAUGCCAACCCCACAGUUGGUCUUUGGGUUGGAGGGCAUCGUUCGCCUGGCUUGCGGCGAUUCGCACUCCUUGACGAUUGACCGGGACGGGCGCCUCUAUUGUUGGGGAGCCAACUCCUGUGGCCAGCUCGGGAUCAUGAAUCCCGAUGACCCCCGAAUACGGAAGGAUCCCGACGGGAUCCCGCACUUGCCUACACCUGCCAUUGUGGAAGCUCUCGCAGACCAGAGGAUUGUUGACAUUGCUUGUGGGGAGGCGCACUCCCUGGCAGUGUCGGCCACUGGAAACCUGUACAGUUGGGGUGCUUGCUCUUGUGGUCAGCUGGGCCUGGGCAGUUGUGAAGGGAUGCCAGUGGAUAGUGAUGGCUAUCCCUACCAGCCCACUCCCACACUUGUCACUGGCUUCAGGGGGCAAGCAGUGUUGAAGGUGGCGUGCGGUGGAGUCCACAACUUGGCGAUCACCGAGCCGGAUCAGUCUUUGGCCUUCAGCCUCUCCACCUUGGUGAACAGCGAGAUGCUGGCCGAUGUGGCCUUUCGCAGUAGUGAGGGAAGUAUACUCUAUGCUCACUUGUGCAUAUUGAAGCACAACGCUUCAUCCUUACAUUCCUACGUCCUCGCCCAAAUACAGGAUGGUGUGAUCAGCAACAUCGCGGUUGAUGGAGACCAGCAGAUUCCACUCGUCGCAUUGACCAAUGCACGGAAGGAAGUUCUCCUGGACUUCAUGCACUAUGUGUACACAUUAGAUCUCGAUGCUGCGACCAUGUCUCUCUCCAGUUUCUCAGCGGUCCUGGAGCUGUACCACCUGGGGGAUCGGUUCAAUUUGACGAAGCUGCUUCCAAAGUGUCGACGUUUGAUACGCCAACAGUUGGGGAAGCAGAACCUGCGGCCUGGCACGCUGAACCUCUUUGAUGCGAGGCCAAGCUCAGUCGCGCGCGGGAACGCGAUGCUCUUCCGCGGUUAUCACGACGAAGUGCCACCACCGGAUGAGUCGCCCGUGCCACCGAAUCCCGAAUGGCCCGGGUCGCCUGAGGGUGAUGGCUGGGGGAUCUUCUUCUUGCCCACUGGCCAGGCGCUGGUGUUGGACGACGUGGCCUACCGAGAAACGCUGGCACGAGGCACACUUCUUGAUCUCCAGGACAUCGAAGCUCCCAUCAAGGACGAAGAUGCCACGAUGCUUGAGGAACACAUGCGUCAGAUGUUGAACGACAAGGAGAGCUGCGACGUGACGUUGGCCGCUUCGAUCCCCGGCUCCGAUCCAGAGAGCUCAGAGCUCUGCGCGCAGAAGUGUCUCCUCGCGAGUCGAUCCUCCUACUUCCGUGCGUUGUUUUCCUCGGAGUUCCGGGAGCGAAGUGAAGGCCGAGUCCUUCUAGAGGAUAUCACCUUCGAACAGCUGCUUUUGCUGUUGAACUUCAUCUACGCUGACGACUGGGUCGUGGAAGAUGCUGACUUUGCCUUUGAUAUGCUCCCCAUCGCCGAUCGCUUUUCAGUCUUAGACCUGAAGCGUUUGUGCGAGCGGACGCUGAUCGGGGCGAUGUCGGUGGACAACGUGGCGAGAAUCUUCGCCCUGGCAGACAAGUAUUCCUGCAGCAGGCUGCGGAGCCGAGCGUUGCUCUUCAUGACGGACUCGGCCAACUUCCAUUUGGUCAUGAAGACCACCAGCUUCGCGGAGCUGGACAAGGAGCUGAUUUUACAAAUCCUGCACAGCCACAAGACAGCGCCGGCGCCGGCGCCUCCUCCCUCCGAGCCCCUCCCUGGUAACUCGGCCACCUUGUCCAAGGCUGGUCAGAGCAAGAUGCGGGACCACCGGCACGGCCGCGGCGGCAGCGCCGGUGCGGGCACUGCCCGUCCACCCGGGGGACAGGGUGCACAAAGCGGCUUGCGGGGAGGCAGUAGCAGCAGCAGUUGCGCUCCUUUGAGCUCUUCACUCGCACAUGUGGAAGCGCAGGUGCCCGAGGCGAACGCGCUGAACGCGCAAGGACGCGACGCAGCUCCCCCCUGUGGAGGGAGCAGCAGUUCCUCCACCUUGUUCAGCCCCGAAGCAGCUCGGGGAUUGCCAAGAGGCUUGAGACCGCCCAGCCAAGAGGCACCUUUGGCCGAGACCUCGGAGACACGCUUCUUUGAGCUGGGCGGAUAGGCCGCUUCGUGCGCGAACAGAGAGAGCCAAGCGGGCAAUUUCGCUGUAACGAAUCGUUUGCGGGGUCAAAAGGGAAGCUGGGGAUGAGAAGCAGGACGG